AUGCACCGGGGCAGGCGAAGCUCCAACCUGCCUGCUUGGUGCCCUGGAGCUGCUCAUCACCGCAGCCUCACGUCUCUGAUUCUGGGAUCCGUUAGAGGAGAAAUGGCUGCAGCUCUGUCCCGUGCCCUUAAACUGCCCGGUAAGAUGCUCUGCUCGUAUUUUAGCGGCACAGUAAACAAACAUCUGUAACAAAAGAUGAAUGUUGCUUAAUUAACCAUUAGUAAAAGGUGGCUUCUCUAUAAGUAUCCUCUCUCUCUGCUGCGUUACUCAUGUGUUGUUGAUUCAUUUGAUGCUCAGAUUUGUUACUCAUUGACAUUAAUUGUUCCUUAUCAAAUUAAAUUAGGGAAUACACAGAUUGAACAGACUGUGUUGUCUGUUUAAAGAGUACAGUUGAGUGAUGUCUAUCUAAACGUCUCUGCUGGUCGCUCCCUCUGAGCUAACUGCUAGCUAACGGUAACACAAUUCAACAUGAUGGAGGGUAAACAAGAAGGAGCUAAAGAUCGAAAAUAACGCAAGAAAUCACUGUGUAUCGACAAACAGGACAUUUUUACCAUUUGAAAAACAUACAAAGGCAUUUGUCUUUGUUUUAAGGUGCACACAACACUUUCAUUUUUUUGUAAUGUUUGCAACAUUUGAGAAUAAGAUUGAGUAUUGAAUGUGUAUGACAAAGCAGGGGUGCACAUAUGAGACACUUGUCCAGGUGUUUUAGGUGCUGAACAACGACCAGAGAUGCAUAAUGGGUGAAAAAAAUUUUAUACAGUAGUACUUCUUCUUACAAAAACUUACAUUUGAAUUAAAGAUAUGGGAACAUGUGUACCAGAUAUGUAAGCAAGCUGAGUAAAGUGUAAAUAAAAACAGAAGAUAGCUAGAGAGAAAUGUACUGUAAAACUAGAUUAUAAUAGAAGUUUAUGGCAGUCAGCAUUACAAUGGAAAAACAGAAGGGAAAACAGAGCACAAAUGCAAAAACUACAACAAGCUCAACCAAAAAAAAAGGGACCUGAAGGCAAUUAUUAUGUAUUUUAUUCAAGAUUUUAGUUGCUAGUUAGAUUCUUUAGAAUACAUCACAGCUUUCCACUUUGCCUCAACCCAUCUUAAAGAGAUAUUCCUGCGUAAGAUUAAUUUCGGGUCAAACACAAAGUAACACAGAGUAAGACACCCCCUCGAGAGAUUGAUGUUGCCGACCACUUGCUUCUCUAGUUAUACCAACUUGAGUAACGACCACACGAUAGCAAUACACAGCGGUCUGAGGAGCCAAACACAAACCUAAACCAAAACGCCACUCUAUAACCACAAAUAAUGAUCAGAACAGCACCUAACUUCAUCAACAGUACAUAUAGGGUCCCAGCCUUAGCACUAGUCACCGAACAUUUUUUUUUUAACUUUGCCUAAUUUCUUUAGCAAAGAGACUAAACACAACUCACCUACUCUCUUCCAGCAGCCGCUUGUUUGUAGCAAGACCUCGAGCCAGUCUGUUACGGACUGCUGCGGGGGGGGGACUCAGCUCAAGGAAGAACAUUUAUGAAUCCCACAAAUUUUAUUCUGCAAUUGCUGAAAUAUUUGCUCACGCAUUCUCUCACAGAGCAAUGAACCUUGCUGCAUCUUUACAUCUGAGAGUGUUGCAAAUUAACCUAAUCAGUUUUUUCUUUAUUUUUCUUUGAGUCCAUUUGAAAAGCACUGCUUUUUCAUUAUGCAUUGCCUCUGUCCCUACUGUUUUGAAACAUGGGAAUGCUACCAAAUUAAAAAUAUAUAUAACAGUCUUUGUUCUAAUUUUUAUGUCCCUUUUUACAAGCUGCUCCGAUCUAAUUGUUCUUAGGAGGAGAAAAUACAGAAGAAUAUAAUUUAUGUUUAUUGAUUAUUUAGCAGUAGUGUAUGAUACAAGUGCCACUUUUUUCACUAUUACACUCUAUCUUAGUGUGAAAACAGGACAUGUGACCUUAAACAACAGCCUCUGUGUCUCUACAGGGAAGAAGGGCUCCGAGCUUGGAGAGUACGACCCUCUCACCCAAGCAGACAGCGAGGAUGAGAGUGAAGAGGAUGACCUCGUGCUCAACUACCCCAGAAAUGGCCUUGGCAGGGACAGCUGCCUUGGCGCUGGCUCCUCCAAACUGCGGGGCAGCAGAUCUGGACGGCUGGUGGGGGCCGAGGAUGAAGCUCAGGAGGACGAGGACGAAGAGGAGGAUGAAUGGAGGGAGCGACUGCCAAACAAAUCCAGGCAGGACAGAGAUGACAUGAAAGGCGUGCAGUACUGGAGCCAGAGAGACUCGGGAAGGGAAAGGGCCGGGGACGACAGAGGGGGGUCAGGGGGAGGUUCUGGGAUGGGAGUUCAUAGUACCGAGGCAGAAGAAAAGAGGAUGAGGAUGAAGCAUGCUGUCCGGACUGCGUUUUUCCUGGUGCCUCUGGUUUGCGCCACUCUGCUAGUGCUGCUGUGUGCGUUUCUGAUUCCCUGCCGGAAGGGGGAGCUGGAGAAGAAGCUGCAGUGGGAGAGAGCGAUGGGCAGGGGUAAAAACCAAUGUAACUUUUUCUUUUACAGACUUCACGGUCAGAGUUUAAAACUAACACCCUCCCAAGACUUACAGUAUAUGAGAGUUUAUGAUUUAAGUGUAUUGUCCUCAAAAUAUGAUGCAAAAAAAUGAGCUGAAAGUUCCCCUGUUACUGAGACUUACUGAGGAGUCUUUGAGGCGAGACGAGACUGGCUCACCCAUUAAUUAGUCAGCUGUAAUUAUGCAGGAUUUUGAGUAUCACUCUGCCUGCAACAGGACCUGUUUCAGCAUGAACGUCCUACAGAGACACAUCAGUCACAAACUUUACAAUCACAAACUCUGAAGAAAACUUUAGCAGCAAAUCUAAUUGUUCAGGUUUUGAUGCUUAAUUUCUCAUUCUGUUUUCUCCUACCACUGUGAACUCAGCCCGUCUGAUCCUCCUCAGAUCACCUGAUGGAUUUAUGAGCUUCAGGCAAACGCUGAGGAGGCGUACUCUGAUAGGCGGAGGUCAUUUUGUUUUCUUCUGUUUCUUUUCUCUCUUCAGGUGAUAACCCACCUCCACUUGCACUGUGGGAUGUUGAUGGGGAUUCACUGGAGGAUGUGUUUCUGGGCGUCACUGAAUGUAACAAUGACACCCAUCCCACCCAAGGAAACAAAAGUAUGUGAUAAAUUUCCUGCAAAGGCUUGACGUUUUACUAUUCUAUUGAUUCAUACAAGAGUCUGACUGAUGUUGGAUUGUGAAGACUAACGGGGUCCAGGUUUUUAGCGAAGAAGGCCACAGAGUACCUUAAUGGUGGUUUUAUAUCAAUCGUUUAUGCUUCAAGUAGACCUUCUUUAGAUUGUUCAUCCAUUUUGAUCAUAAUUAAGCAGAAACACCAAGGAUGUCAUCCUCCAACACAAAUUAACUUGUAUUAAUUUAGUUUCUUGGUUUUUGUAUUAUCUUAAGGACCAGCCUCAGUGCAUUAGGCAUGAUGGUCUAUGUUUUGGUAUUAUAGCUGUCCAUAAAGGUGUGCCGCAGAGCUCUGUAUUAGGCCCCCUUUUGUUUAUGAUUUAUCUGAAUGAUCUGGGCCAAACUCUGUUAGAUGCUGCAUUUAAUUUCUAUGCUGAUGACACAGUUUUAUACUGUUGAGCAGCAGCUCUUGUAAAAACAUUGCUGUCUCCAUGAAAUGAACCAUAAAGGUAUUUAUCAGUGCAGUAAUGGUCUUGCAGAUAACAGCAUUAGUCGUUUAACUGCAUUUCUCAGUAGUUUGAUGGUAGCUUCACUGUUUUCUGAACCUAGUAGCUUUUUAGAGGCUUGUCAGUUUUUUGAACAUUUAGAGCAGUAGCAUGCACAAGAGCUACAGUUUCCCUUAACAAAGUUGGGAUGCUUUGUUCUGGUCUCACUUGUUAUUUCUGUCUGUCAUGAAGAGAGACACAUCGGAGACGGUACUCUCAAAAUACUAUUUCUAAAAAUUUAGAACAUGAAGAUAGACUUGUCUUUGAAUUUAACAGACCAGAGCAGUAUACCACUACUACUGCUACUACUAUUACUACUAAUAAUAAUGAUAAUAAUGAUAAAUGAAACCAUGUUGAAGAAAUACACUAUAUGAAAAUAGCUUUGCAGUGUUGAGCUAUCUUUGCCAUGUUGCUGUUGCUGUUGAAGUAAACCUAAGUCUAAUGUAGAGUACCUAGCAGCUUAGCUCAGUUUAUUUACAAGUAUCUUGCCCAUCACUGAUCUUCAUAUCCGCGUAUAUUGGUAAAUGUAUGAUAUAUCUGUGGGCCCAUUUCAGCCCAAUGAUCGCUUUCGUCAGGCUCUACUUCACAUAAUGUGUUUCUGUUCUUGUGAAAUCAGUUUUCAGCGCAGUGGCCCUGUCUUCAGUCAGCGGUAAGGUGCUGUGGAGGAAAGUUAUGCAUGAGAAUGUGAACUACAUCCAGUGUGGACUGCAGUUCGGCACCCAGACGUCACCUGUGGUCAUCAUCAUGGGCAAAUCAGUCGUCAUGGCGGUCAAUGGCACUACAGGUGAGAAAUACAACAAAUUCAAUUCUUGAUUUAAGUUAAAAUCAAGCUAAUAGUGAUAAUCCAGCCGUAGUUUUCAUAUCAGGUCACAGUCAGGUCUUUUUUGAGGGUGCAGGUUUUAGCUCAGUAGUUGAAUCCUACACCUCAUCUUCAGAGGUUGCAGCCCUCAAAUUGAGCAGCCAAAAUGACGUGGUUUCCUGCUCCCUUCCCAGUUUCUUUCUUCAAAAUAGAGUCAUGAUCUUUGAUGAGAUGUUAUUUCAUCCAUUUAGGGGACAACUUGUGGUCAGUCUCGCUGAAGAACAUCGUAUCCCAGGCCGUGUUACUUCCAGACCUCCAGUACGAUUCAGUCCCAGAUCUGCUGAUAGCCACCCUGCCUGCAGACGAGGUAAAGAGGCGACAACAUCCAUCAUCUCAUCGUGGACACAAUUGUGAAUUUACCUUCUUCUAACAUUUCUCUAGAACUGGUGAUUUCAAAUUGAUAUUUUGUGUUUCAGGCUUCAGAUGUCUCUCUGACUCUCAUGUCUGGGCUGACGGGGGCAAAGCUCGGACAUCCUGUUCCUUAUAAUCUGACGGGACAAGGACUCCUGAUUGGUCCUCUGCUGCAUGAGACCCCACAGGGGGCAUACUACAUCCUCUUUGGACUAGGUAAAAGAACUCUCUGCAAUCACUACGUGUAUUUGGACAGGCAGUGUAAGUUUUGCAGCAGCUCUAAAGGUUGAGGAACAGAGGAGGUGAAACUGUCGCUGUGGUUUAAUAAAACUUAGCAUCACUGUCUUUUUUCCAUCAGGAAAUGUAGAGGCGAUCUCUGUGCGCGAUAUCUACAUUAAAGCCACUGGUAAGAUGCCCCUAACUCAGGCGCUAAGAAGGAAGGAUACAGGCUGGGAAGGACUGAAAAAGACCAACUCCUCCCUUAUAAACAUUUACAGGUACAUUUGAGGUUCUUAUGAUGUGGGUGAUCUGAUCAUUCGUGGACAACUCUGAGUACAAUAUUCACACUUUGUGUCUCCAGUGACUAUUAUGAUAUGAUUGAACCAUCUCCCUCUCUGUGCAAAUAACAUGGAACCUCAUCCAGCAUAGAACUUUUUCACAAAAAGGAAUAGAUACUAUCGUCUUUUGUGGUUCGUCUUUGUAUUUUGUGAAAUGUUUUUGCACUUAAACAUUUAUUUUGGUCUUAUGUUUUGAUGUUGACCAGCUUUAAUCAUCAAUCUACGUCCUCACAGAUUUCAUCAGCGUUAGUGCGAGCUACAUACGGGAGCAUGGACUCUCUGUAAAACUCCACUGAGAAACAAUGAAACAAACAAACAAAUAAAGAGAUUAACAUACAGAUCCUGUUACGAAAUGCCUGUUUCCUCCUCAGAUUUUUCAGGACAUCUAAGGUGUGAAUUCCUAAAAAAAGGCGGUUAUCUCAUCCGUGUUUUUUUCUUUCAGAGGAGCUGAGAGGGCAGAGUUCUUGCUUCCCCUCGUGGCUGGUUUGGACAACAACCAGAACAGCUUGGACACAGCUACAAACCUCAACUCCAGGAAGAGUGACUGGGUGCUGGUGUACGGCUCGACCAAACUGUCUGUGCUCAGACAGAGGGACGUACGCAAGGAAUGGACCUUCAACUCAGCUGAGCUCCACUGGUACAGAAAUCCUUGCGUAAUAUUGUGUCACUAUCUGUAACUGCAAACUAGACAAAUAUUAUUUCAGGUCAUGUCAAAUGAACAUCAAGAUCAAAACAUUUUUGUAGCAUUUGAACAGUUCGGUAGAUCUUGGGCCAUUUUCUUGAUCUGUUUCUUUGCUUGUUACAGUCAACCGGUCCCAGGAUACUUCAACGAUGACAAAGUGCUUGAUCUUUUCAUUCAACAUGCAGCUAAUGGCACCAUGCAGGUGAAACAAACUGUCUAUUUGUGCACAUUUUCAACCAUGUAGAGCUCAUGCUGCACUGUAACAGCCAAAACUCACUUUUGUUCUUGUUUGAGCUGUUUUAACUUGAUGCAAAAUGAAAACGGAUUGCGGACACAUUGGGAGGGUGCACUGUGUCUCUAAGUUAGCUCUGACUUCAUUUAAUUGUGCCAGUUUCUCCCUCCCCUCUGUCUCUCAGGCUCAGAUAGUUGACGGGGCUAAGGGGCAGCUCCUCUGGUCGGCUGAGUUUGUGUGUCCCGAUCUUAAGUUAGAAUCUUCAGCCAUCACGACUUCGACCGGCCAAUCGGCUUUUCUCUUCUGGGCCAGUGAACCAAUCAUAGCACAAAGGAAUGUGACAAAGACGACUGUAAGUCUGAUGAAUAGAGCAAGAACAUCACCGAGGUGGAUCAGUGUUGCUCUGUGUAUAAUAGUUGUAUAUAAAAUGAUUUGAAGUUAUUGUCUAGGGGUUUGAUGUGAAGCAAUACUCUGUUAAUGUGACUAAAACCUCUUCACACUGACUGCAGGUGGCACCAGGUACGAGUGCAGCUCAGCCUCUCAUCAGGAAAUUGUUCCUACUGCAUCCUGCAUAUCCCACAAUCCUCCUUGAGCUUGCCAGCACCACAGACAAAGCAGUCACCUCAGCAGGUGAAAGUGAAAAGAUGUUGCUUUAGAAAAGAAAAUUACAGUUUGAGUCAUAAAUGUUGGUCUCUUUUAACUCAUAAACUCGAGAUCAGAACUUAAAAUCCGGUGAUCUUGCUCAUUUCUGUUGCUCUAUUUUAUCAUUACUAGUAUUAUCAGUAUUACUUGUUAUUACUUUAUUAUCAUUAUUGAUAUCUUUUAUUUUUACUAUCUUGUUUUCUGCUUUCAAUCCCCCUUUUAACUGCAUUUUUAAAAACUAUUUUAUGUUUUUAUUUUGGUUCUCAUGGUCUCAUUUUAUGUUGCAUGGUUCUUGUCUUGUCUGGGUUCCCUAUGACAUAUGAAAAUGGCCUUCAAUUCUGUUUUAACUGAGCUUGUUGUUUUUAUCUGUCUUUUUCCAUGUGCUUUAUGACUAUAUGUCAAGGCACUUUGUAAACUUCUGUUUUUAAAAGUGCUAAAAAAUAUAUAUUUAUUAUAAAAAGUUAUUAUCUUUAGGGUCUCCAGCAUUUAGGAACUGGAUUUAAAAAAACCUUUGAGUUUUAUUAAGUAGAAUAUAUUAGUUUGCAUCACAACAUUAUGCUUCUGUUUGUCAAAGAAAUAAAAAAACUAGCCCAAUAAUUAUUCCCUCUCCUCUGACAGUGAGUUACCAUGAGCACCAGAAAGACGCUUACUACAUCAUUGUCCUCCUCCGCCCCACACCUGGCUCAGAGUCCCACACUCAGAUUGUCAAGAGCAUGAGCCUCAGAACCGCCAUCACCAAGGGGAAAAUCGUCAGAUUAGAGGAGAGCAACAAGCCAGGGGAACCUGCCAAACCUGGCACAUACGAGCUCAACAAGUUCUUCAGACGUCUGACUUUUAAACAGCAGGUAAGAAAAACUCAUGUCUUAAUCAGACAGUCAAGUCAGGUCAUGUAAAGGGUGAUUUUUCAAAAGGUUUAAUGUGAGUAAUCUGGAUAAUGAUAAUGUCUGUGCUGUUUUGUUUAGUGAUGAAGCCAUCGCUGCUACUAUGGUACAACUGGAAGGACCCCUGUGAGGUAGAGGUGGACUCAAGUGGGUGUUUUCUCUGCACUAAUGAGACACUGAUGAUUCAGUCUGAGCUGUAAACAGCCUGUUCGGUUCACUCUGUUUGAUUUGAAUCUGUUACUGAAGGGGAAAAUGCUAUUUCUGUAAAAAGAUAAUAUGUAGGUAGAGAUAUUAUUUAUAUUGUUUUAGUUUAUGUUAUUUAAGUUAUUUAACUCGCAUUUGAGAACAACUUACAAGUUUCACACAAUGUUUGCGAUUAUUUGAACUUGAUGGCAGAAAAGGUACUUUACACUGAAGUUUAAAACUGACAGUGAAGCACAAUAAUAACACUGCUGAAAGCGCAUGUACAUACUGGUACGUUUACAUUGUUCAUCAUUCCCAUAACUCCUCUAAGGCCAGUAUUCUCAUGUGGUAUCAUCUCUCACUCACAUAAAGAAAAACACAGUUUUUCUGCUCCUCAUAUCUAGAAGUAUAGAAAGUAUGUAAAUAUUUGAUGCUGUACAGUAUUUAUUGAUUUGAUCUGAUGCUUUAUGUUGUCAAGUUUUAUGUAUAUAUAGUCAAUCACAGUUUUUUCUAUGUGGCCGCUCAAGGUUAUGGAAUUGAAAUGUAAACUGCAAGAGGAAGUAUGUAAAUUAAUCCAUACUGCAUCAUGUGUUUAUUUUAAUCUUUUAUCUUUUUGUGUUUUAAAGACGCGAAAGAAAAACAAGCAAAAAUGACUAAUAAAACAGUCAUAUCAUGUCUUAAUUAUGUUUUUAAAAGGUCACAAUUGUGGGAUUCAACAAUACUACAAAUGCCCAAAAGAAAGCCCUUAUUAAAGCUCUUGUGAGAAUUUUUAGACAUCCAAGAAAUAAGCUGAAAUUUAUUGGUGCCUUUAAAUUUUAUACAAAAACAAACAAAGCCAUCAACAAUGGGAUUGACAAUUUUUGUACUGUAAUUUUAAUGCCUGCAACUCUGUUAGAGAGGGAAGUUGUCAGUUGGGCAGCUGAAGAACAAGCCCUGUUUUUACAAUUCCCUUGUAGAGUAUUAUAUAAUAUAACAAAGCAUUAUAAAGUCAAAGUCAGCAGGAUAAGAUUUAACUGUCAGGACAAACUAUUUGAGCAUGCUGUGGACAAGAUAAGCAAAGACCGCUCCAUCCACUAGGGGUGCAAAAAUUGACGCAGACCCAAAGUGCCUCACAGGACCUUAAAAGAGUAGAGAACAAGAGUUUAAGGUAAAAAUCUAAAAGUGAAAAGCUGAAUAAAUGACUUUAAAAAUCCACAUUAAAGGUCCUGUGAGGAACUUUCUGUUUGUGUUGCUUUUGGUGCCCCCUGUGGACAAACAUAUUUUUCUGCUUUUCAUGGGCAAGUUGUGUUUCUGACAAACAAAAAUAAUAAAUUAUCUUUCCGUUUUUAACAAUCAAA